AUGGCACCCAUCAACCCAGCCGCCGAUUUCUACGACAAUUUAGGAAUUAGAUACGAGAAGAGCUUCGGACACGAUGAAGGACUCAUAGCGUUCGUUACCGAAAGCUUAGAGCUUUUACCUACGGGCCCUGAUACGGCCGUCCUUGACAUCGGCAGCGGAACCGGCAUCCCGACAUCUAGUCUCGUUGUUAACAGCGGCCGCAAAUUACACGGCAUUGAUUUCUCUCCCGUCAUGAUCGAAUUGAGCAAGCGACAAGUCCCUGGCGGAACUUUCGAACUGGCUAAUAUUCUCGAAUUCUCCCCUGAGUCUCAAUCCCAAUUUCAAGGAGCUUUUGCGACAUUCUCUCUAUUCCAUUUCUCUCGCGAGGAAAUGGAUGUAGCUGCUAGGAAAUUGUCGCAGUGGAUUGCUCCUGGAGGCUAUAUCUUUAUUGGGACCAUGGUGGCUGAAGAUUUUCCGACCGAGUCCCAGAUGUUUGACGAGGAUGGAGAGUGUGCAAGAGGCAUCGAGCAUACUUUUAUGGGGAAACGGAUUGGAAAUCUUAUGUAUACCAAAAAGGGCUGGGUGAACUUGUUGCGAAAGUUUGGAUUUGAGGUGGUGAAGACAGAGAUGGUGCCAUUUCAGGCACCCACAGAGGCAGAAUGUGAUGUUGAGCCGCAUUAUUAUAUUACUGCACGCAAGAGUUCUGCUUAUGAGCUCGAAUAA